GGCUGCUCGUGCGAAUCCGUUGUGAAAGAAAUACCAGUUGGGAUUUGGAGGUUUCAUGGUCGGCUGACACCCGAACGGGUUGCACGGUGCACACCAGUCCCGAUUCCUCAUCACUCGCCCUCUCCACCAUCGUCCAUCUGUGCCCCCCCUGCCUUCGGCCCCGCCUCGUAGCCCUCGUUCGGCUGACAGGUCCACACCCUGUCUCUGCUUUUCCUUUAUGAUCUUUGUGCCCACCCUCCUCGCUGCGGCUCUCCAGGUCUCUUCCUCUCUUUCUGUUGAUGUGGUUGUUUCCUGAGCCCCAGGUCCCCCAACCCUUCCUUUCCAUUCCCUUCGCUGCUGGCUCAGAUCGCUCUUUAUAUUACCGGAGUCGACUUCUCCAACUUUAUUCUCGUUCUUCCUUUUCAUCGCCGUCGCCGCCUGCCUGUUCGUUUUACGGUGUCGGAAACAUUUACCUACAUUGUAAUAGGGGGAGGAUAGGAGAAAAAGAGAAGGAACUUGCUCGGGUAUUGAGAGGAGAACAUCGGGCUUGGAACGAGUCUUGCGCGCGCGCCACCGACGACGACAGAAUCCGCUCUUUUACCGAACCCCGACAAAGCCACUGCUGCUUCCCACUCCCGACUGGCCGACCGGCCUCCGGCUCCUCGGUCGACAGAGACGUCUGCACUGUCGCAGGUCGACACCUAAUACAACCGGUCCGGAUAGACAAGAGGAGGAACUACCGCCAAAAUGGGCGAGUUCAUACACACACUGGGGAAGCAAUUCACCCCACAGAAGCUCGCCUUUAAUGUCCUCUUCUGGAGCUUUCACUGGGCCAUCUUCGCCUAUGGAUGGUACAAGCAGAACGCAGAUGCUAGGCUGGCGCCGCUCAACACCCUCACGUUCUCCGUGUGGAUUUCUCGAGGCGCUGGUCUGGUGCUCUCAGUCGAUGGCAUGAUUAUUCUGCUUCCUGUGUGUAGGACGAUCAUGAGGUGGAUCCGGCCCAAGGUCAGGUUUAUUCCUUUCGACGAGAACAUCUGGUUCCAUCGUCAGGUCGCCUAUGCCAUGCUUCUCUUCACCGCCAUCCACACCGCCGGUCACUACGUCAACUUCUUCAACGUGGAGAAGAACCAGAUCCGUGCCCAGACUGCGCUCCAGAUCCAUUACACGCAACCUGGUGGCGCUACUGGGCACAUGAUGCUCCUGUGCAUGCUGCUCAUGUACACGACGGCCCACGCCCGCAUCCGCCAGCAAUCGUUCGAGACCUUCUGGUACACCCACCACCUCUUCAUCCCGUUCUUCCUUGGCCUGUACACCCACACUACCGGCUGCUUCGUGCGCGACACUGUCGAGCCCAUCUCCCCGUUUGAUAUGGACCAGUUCUGGAAGCACUGUAUCGGAUACCAGGGUUGGCAGUGGGAGCUCUGGACUGGUGGCUUUUACCUGAUCGAGCGCCUGUACCGUGAGAUCCGUGCCCGCCGUGAGACCAAGAUUACUCGUGUUGUUCGCCACCCAUAUGAUGUCGUCGAGAUCCAGUUCUCCAAGCCCUCGUUCCGUUACAAGGCCGGCCAGUGGCUCUUCCUCCAGGUGCCUGCCGUGUCCAAGUACCAGUGGCAUCCUUUUACCAUCACUUCCUGCCCGUAUGACCCCUACGUCUCGGUCCACGUCAGGCAGGUCGGCGACUUCACCAAGGCUCUCGGUGACGCGGUCGGUGCCGGUGCUGCGCAGGCCAAGCUGUACGAGGGUGUGGACCCCAUGGGCAUGUACGAAGUCGCCCUGCAGAACGGUCAGCAGAUGCCUUACCUCCGUAUCGACGGUCCCUAUGGUGCCCCCGCCGAAGACGUGUUCGAGAACGAAAUCGCCGUCCUGGUCGGUACUGGUAUUGGUGUGACGCCUUGGGCCUCUAUCCUGAAGAACAUCUGGCAUCUGCGCAACGGCCCCAACCCCCCGACCCGUCUCCGCCGUGUCGAGUUCUUCUGGAUUUGCAAGGACACCAGCUCCUUCGAGUGGUUCCAAACCCUGCUCUCGUCUCUUGAGCAGCAGUCGUCCGAGGCUGCCCGUUUACCGGGCGGUAACGGUAUCGAGUUCCUGAAGAUCCACACCUACCUGACCCAGAAGCUCGACAUGGACACGACGCAGAACAUUGUGCUCAACUCGGUUGGUGCAUCGCUGGAUCCCCUGACUGAGCUCAAGGCCCGCACCAACUUUGGUCGUCCCAACUUCCCCAGGCUAUUCGCUUCGCUUCGUGACGGUAUCCUCGACAGGACUUACCUCACUGGCCUGGAGGGUAGCAUGAAGACCACGGUCGGAGUUUACUUCUGCGGUCCUACGGCAGCCGCUCGCGACAUCAAGAAGGCAUGCGAUUCCGCCACAGUACGGGAGGUGGACUUCCGCUUCUGGAAGGAGCACUUCUAAACUGGGCGUCUUGCGUCCCGCUCUCUUAUUAUUCUUGGGCAAUUUUAACGCCAACAAAUCCACCCUUUGCAAUUUUGGAAACUCAAUAUCCUCAAUAUACCUGUGGUAAUGCCACCAAGGCCCACCCACCCAUAUUCCAAAAUUUGUGACCGGGAGAAGCGCGAGGGUGACGGAAUGGCUCCCAGCCAAAGUGGGCGCAGCGAUGGGGGCAGUUGGAAAGAACCCUUUUUGCUUGAUGCAUUUAAGCAGAUUUUUUUUGUUGACACAACACAGCCUGUAUGUUUUGGUCUGACUUCAUUUGCUUGCAGUUUAUGUCUUAUUGCACGAAAAUACCUUGGAUUUGCUUCUUCUCCAGCCCUCCCGCUGUACUAAAACUCACCCCCUGGCCUUUGAUGAGCGCGAACGGGCAAUCCACGCCGGAAAGCGACCGUUUAUUCACACUUGACCUCAGCAGGCAGCAUCUCCCUCCACCGCCUUCUACCUAUAUUCUUCACAUGUUUUAUCUUUUCCUCCAUGACCCUUGGGAUCCUGAUAGCCCAUGACUCUUCGUCAUAUAUACCUACUUACUUCAGUAUUUUGCGCAUCUUCUCCCUUUUUCACCAUCACAGUCAUAAACUCUUCUACUACGUCAAUACGAACUGAUGCAUAUCCUGAUGCAUAUCUCUUAUAACAAUGUAUUUGUAAAGCCAGUGUCCCCCAUUUCCUUCACAUGACUGAAUUCUUCUGAUGGCUCAGUUGUUCGAUUUUGAUCUCAUUGGUCGUCUGAUGUGAAAACCGAUGAAUUGCAGAGCCUCUUAGUUCUAGCUGAGGUAAUCCAACGUGGGUGUUGGCUUCGGGUCGCAACUCAUCUCAUCCCUUUCUUUUGUCGUUUGUCGUUCCCCCCAAACCAUCUAAUUCCCUUUGCUCGACAUUUGAGGCAAGGCGGCAAAAUAAACCAAGCAGCCUAGCCCUCCUAGGCAAAAUCCGAGGGGCAAGUGCGCCGGAUAUGAUGUUGCCGCCCGGCCGUUCCUGGGGCAACAUGGCUCCCAAACGCCAGCCGUUCCAAAGUGGCAGGGCCCGCUCUUUAUCACCCACCAGCGG